AUGAGUGAACAGUGUGUUGCUGUGGCAAAGAAAGCUAACGGGAUACUGGGCUGCAUCAACAAGGGCAUCACCAGUGGAGCCACCCCACCAACCCUGCUCAUCCCCAAGGCCCAGGGCAGGCGAGAUUAGCGUGCCAUGUACCUGCUCUUGGCCCUGUGUGCCGCAGUGCUGUGCCUCGCUGGGGAGCCCCUCGUACCCACCGCUCGCUGCCUCACCUCCCACUUGGCAGCCAUACAGAUCGGGAUGCUGCUCAAAGGCACCUGCUACCUGGCUGAGGAGAUCUUCCACCUCCAGUCCAGGCACCAUGACAGCUUCUGGAGGGUGCUGAGCACCUGCUUCCCACUGUGCUGGCACAGACCUACGCUGGUCAUCUAUGGCUUAGCCUACAUGGCUCGUCCCGAUGAAGAUGUGCAGCCGCUCAGACUCCAGCUUGGCCUGGCCAGCUUGUGCCACCUCCUCAUCCUCACUCUGGGGCUCCAUAAGCCCUCAGCAGUGGAAGUGUCUGAGAUGUCCGAGAGGUCCAAGCAGAAUGUCGCUCAUGGGCUUGCCUGGUCUUAUUACCUUGGGUACCUAAAAAUAGUCCUGCCGCGAGUGAAGAAGUCAAUGGAAGAAUUCAGCAGAAACAACCCCAUGUCAGCAUGCAGGGAGACCUAGAAGCUCCACAUCUUGUUCCCUCUGAGCUGUGAAGUCUAUGAUGAUCUGGAGAAAGCAGACAGCAAUAUCCAGUACAUGACAGACCUCACCGAAACCACCCUGACCCGAGUUGGUACCAAAAAAAUGGUCUACAAACACAGCCUCUACAUGAUCAGGGAUGAUGACAACAAGCACUGGCUCUGUGCAGUGGAGUACGCCACACUGCUGCAGUCCCUCUACGCCAUGUCCCAGGACAAGUGUGCUGCCUUCAGCUGGGAGGACUGCCUGAAGCAGGUCAAACUUUUCUACCGGACCUUGGAGGAGAUCUUGCAAGGCUCCAAGGAGUGCAUGGGCACCUACCAGCUCAUUGCGUAUGAAGACUCAGGAGAAACAGAAAGCCAAUUCUUGUCUCGUGAGAUCCUCUGGCACCUCCAGCAGCAGCACCAUGAGGAGUACGCCGUGUGUGAGGGGAACUAGCCACCUACCCCGCCCACAGGCCUCAGCUCCUCAGAGCUCAGCCUCUAGAUCAGCACGUCCAACCUGCUGCAGCCUCUGCGGAGUGACUGCUCCUGAAGCUCUGGCAGCUCCAGCGCUGCCUGGUCCUGCCUCUCCACCUCUGGGCUCUGGUCCUCCUUCCCCAAGCCUCUUGCAGGAAGCACAAUCCCCAACCUCCUGCAGGAACUGCCCACCAAACCCUACAACACAUCAUGUUUGAUGGGAACAGCUGGCUCAGACUCCAGCCCGGUGACACGCUUCCCAUUUUCUUUGUUAUCCCAUGUACUAAUCCAUGGGUGGCUGGUUUUUCUAAUCUGCUUUGAUUUGGGUCACAUAAAAG